GGACGGCCGCCAUUUGAAAUCAAUCAGCCACCAGAAGGACUUCGCCGGGUUGAUAGCUCCACCAGUGGCACUGAUGCCACCCGACCAAAGGUCCAAAGCCGACUGUACCGAAGGGAGGAGGUCUUCGCCAGUCGUCUCCACGUUGUCGUUGGACUCCAUGACAUCGGUGUCAUCAACAAAGCAGAAGCACGAAGUGACGAAAGCGAUGGAUAUCAAGCUUCGAGGUGAAGCCGAUUUCAUGACUACUCUUGAAGAUCCAAUCAAACUCUUGAAGCGUAUUGAACGAUUCAUGAAGAAGAGUGCCGAUGCUGAGUAUGACUUCUUGGAUUUCUGGGAAGCCAAUCAAAAGUUCUUUGCUAUGAAGCAGGGAACAACAGAAAACUUGAUGCAUUUCAAGGAACGAUUCUUGAGACAGGCUGAAGUCCUGCAAGAUCUAUAUGGCGUUGCCUGGUUCCGAAAUUUUGCAGUCAAGACGAAAGCGUAUUCUGCUAUUGCUAGCACCGAUACUACUGCUAGAGACAAGUUCAAGGAUGAUAUCUUUGAAGCCGUUCUUGCAACAGGAUUCCUGUGCAACUGUGAUCGAACAAGAACAGCUCAUUUGAUGCUGGAUCUUCAGACGAACUACUGCAGAGAAGUGGAUUAUUAUCCAAAGACGGUCAGCAAAGCACAGGAUAUGUUGAAGAUUCACAUGGAUGUGAUCAAGAAUCCGGGAGUGAACCUGUACCAAGGAAAAGACCAGCCAAAUAAAGGUAAAGGUAAAGGUAAAGCAAAGGACGAUAAGAAAAAGGCAGCAUGUUAUGUAUGUGGCAAAGAGGACCAUAUGUCUCCAAAAUGCCCAGACAGACUGCUACCAGAAAUUCAACGGAAGCAUCCGAAACACUAUGUUGAUUACGGGAAGAAGCUCAAUCUCAAUCAGAUUGGAGCAACUGUCCCAGCUACAGCUACAGUUCCUGGAACUUCUCCAGCGACAAGUACUCAAAUGAUGCAAGUUCCUUCUGGAAUGCAGCUCAUGCAGAUUCCAACUCAAGGUGGUGGCACUGUUACUGUCCCUUACUCUAUGAAUGCUAACGGUGAGAUUGCGUUCAGUGGAAUGCAACUCAGCCAACAAGGCUUCAGUGGUGCUCAAGUGCGCCAAGGAUUUGAUGCAACUCAAGCUCGCACUCCGCAAGUUGUGAAGACUGGCUAUUUUGAUACGUCAAAUGUCUUUCACGAUGCUAUCAAGGGAAAGGAUGAGAAUGGCAAUGAUGUCUAUCUUAUUCCAUGUCCUGCUGGAACGACUAACGUUGAACUUCAAUCCGACUGGCACUACGCUAGUAAAAGUGAAGACUUGCCUGAUCUUGCUACUGAAGCAGAUUGA